AUGAGCUUCAUAUUCCUACCUACGAUUAAAUCCAUCUCUCUUUCAACUACAAGUUUCGCUGUAUUGCUUCUGUUUAGACUUUCUUUCACUAGCGUCAGUUCUACAGAAGCAUAUGAUCCAGUUGAUCCCAUCGGACAUAUCACAAUCAAAUGGGAUAUCAUGAAUUGGACUCCUGAUGGUUAUGUUGCUGUUGUGAAAAUUAACAACUUCCAGAAAUAUCGUAACAUUCAAGCACCAGGUUGGUCAUUGAGAUGGACAUGGAGAAAAGAGGAGGUAAUAUGGAGCAUGGUGGGAGAAAAACCAAAGGAAAAAGGAGAUUGUUCAAGAUUCAAAGGAAGUAACCCGCGAUCUUGUGAAAAGAACCCAACAAUAGUUGAUGCAAUGCCAUCAACUCCUUACAACCAGCAAAUUGCUAAUUGCUGCAAAGGGGGAGUACUUGGUUCAUUGGUGCAGGAUCCAGCCAAUUCUGUAGCUGCUUUUCAGCUUACUGUUGGUAGAGCAGAAACAACUAAUCGAACGGUCAGGCUUCCUAAGGACUUCACCCUGAGUGCACCAGGGCCUAACUAUAGUUGUGGCCGUGCUACAAUUGUUAAGCCGACUAGAUUUUUUACCCCAGAUUUAAGGAGAAUGACUACAACUUUCAUGACAUGGAACGUUACAUGUACAUGCUCACAAUAUGCGGUUCAGCAGGUUCCCACCUGUUGCGUAUCACUAUCUUCUUUCUACAAAAACACAACUAUUCCCUGCAGUACAUGUUCAUGUAGCUGCCAAAACAACAGCAACAAAUGUGUAGAGCUGCAUUCGUCUUCAGUUGUCCCGGUUUCAGACAAGAGCUAUGUACCUGUUGUUCAAUGUACAAGCCAUAUGUGCCCCAUUCAAAUUAGUUGGCAGGUUACAAAAGACCACAAGCAGUAUUGGCUAGUGAAGCUCAAAAUUACAAACUUCAAUUACAAGAUGAACUAUUUAGAUUGGAACUUAGUUAUCCAGCACCCAAAUUUUGACAAUUUGACCCGGAUUUUACGAUUUAACUACAAGUCCUUGACUCCUUAUGCAGGAAUAAAUGAUACUGCAAUGCUAUGGGGAGUUAAGUUCUACAACAAUAUACUGAUGCAAGCUGGGCCUCUUGGUACCGUCGAGUCGGAACUCAUUUUCCAGAAGCAUGGUAUAAAUUCUAAUUUAUCAAAGGAUUGGGCAUUCCCUCAAAGGGUCUAUUUCAAUGGCGAUAACUGUAUAAUGCCAAGUGCUGAUGCAUACCUAGUGUUGCCAAAGUAG